AUGGCUGCUGCUGCUGCGAAUGACACCAAUGUCCCGGCUGCCGGGACGGAGCCAAGAACACCGACGUCGACUCCGGCAUCAGGCUCAGCGUCUCCUGGUGUAGCACCCGCCCACCAGUGCAGACAAUGUCGCGCUUCCAUCUGCCAACCCCUCGGGUGCGGCCAUGUCUAUUGCGACGAGUGCGCCGGCCCUCAUCAUCAAUGCCCCGAGUGUAAUCGCCGCCCCGUUGUGUCUCCCAAGCCUUCUAUCGAAAAACCCCCAAAGACCACGUAUCCCUCCGAAGACGGCCUUUUUGACCCUAUCUUCCAAAAGAGAAUCGACAGUCGAAUCCGUACAAUCUACUACGUCUCGCUCUGUUCUUUCUGGGCUUCUGUCCUCGUAGGCAUUCUUUGCAUUAUUGCUAUUAUUCUUGAAACGAGCAAACGGUCGGAUUAA